GUGAUGUACGUGUUUGACAAUGCUCUCUCGUGUCCCUCUGUUUCGGUUGCUAGGGAUGGGAGACAGUCCUAGGCAACGUAGUACGCAAAUCUCCAGCCAAGACGCGAGAAACCGGAUAACGUACACUAGUUUGAGAUAUCAGUGAGGCGACAGCGAAGAGCGGACCGAGCGACCCGCGCGUAACCGAUAGUUUUCAUAGUAGCCAAAUUGAAAAUUCUCCAUUUUGUAUACAGGCGAACGGUCUAGUGACUUUGGGCAGCAAGAUGACGACAUUAACGAUAGCCCGAAAUGCGCUAAGUGCGCAACCGUCAUCACCAAAGCAAGAGUGAGUGAUCACCAAAGUGGACUUCCUUUUUUCGCUCUUUCACUUUGCCGCUGGCCAGGUCAACACAUCACCACACAGCUGCGUAGCCGCCUGCGCGUCAAGCUGGGCUCCGACUCGCUCUCUCGCUCGACGGACUGAACAUACAGUCAUCACGGAAAAAAAGGACAUCUAACGCGAACGUAUCCACUUUUUUUGGGGGGGGGGUGUAAUUCUUGUUCUGCGUUCUCGCAUCAUAAGAUCAGUGGAACAGGUGACACUGACAUCUGCUCCGUCUGUCGAGCAGAAUUCAAGCUCAUAUGGAAAGUAAAAUGAAAUGUCUAAAGCCUGCGGUUGUCGUCUGUCACACUGGGCAGAGAACAUAUCGACUGAAAACUUCCAUGGAGUAAAGUAGCCGACAGUAAGACGCGGACAGCAUCCAAAUGAACAUAUGAUACCCAAAUGGCAAGUCUGCUUCUGUUGGAAGUUUGUGGAGCCAUUUUAUCUGUUCUGGGAAGACAUUUAUAGUCUUAUUUACAUUGGUUGACUGCUCUGGCUGACUCCAAACAGACACGAAAAGACUAUGUUUUAUCAUCAACAUUCAGCUUUAUAUUGUUGAGUUAAAUUAUUAGGAUUAUUAUUAUUAUCACUUCUUCAAACAUUACUCUGCUGCUUGUUGUUGUUGUUGUUAAUAAGCUUCUAAUUGGCUUAUCCAUCUCCCCACCUCUCCCUUUCAACUGUUCUCCAGGUCCUUGCUGGAAAUGAGAAUGUGUUCUCUGUCAACUUACCUGCUAAAAUAAGGGUAAACAUUUUUUUUUUUUUUUUUACAAUUACAAUUACAAAUCCAUCAAUAUUAUUGUAAUGUGUCGAUGUCAGUUGACACUUCAUCUAAUGUGGGGCAGUCAGACAGUGCCACUUCUAGUACCAUGUGUUGGUCUGUGGCUGCUGAGCUAGCAGAGAGCAAUCACUGGCCUAUUAAGGAACACAAUGCCCCCUGUUGCUGCGGGUCCUGCCACUGGAUCCUUUCUCACCAGUUCAGAGUAGGAGCCUCCGACCGGGCUGACCAGCAACAGCCUCAGUUCAAAGUAGGAGCUUCUGACCGGGCUGACCAGUCUAAGAACCAGCGUCAGCCCCAGCCUCAGCCAGACCAGCUUCGGACACAGACACGACCAGCCUCAGAACCAACCUCAGACACGUCUUCAGACACUGUCCUGUCCUGACCAGCUUCAGCCUCAACCCCAGCCAUUGUUGGAGCUUCGGUCUCAGUUCCAACCCCAGUCUCAGACAAGGCUUCAGCCUCAUCCCCUGAUUCCAUCCUGACUCAGCCAGUAUCCAACGGCAGGCUGCCGGGCCACGGGUGUAGCAACGGGCGUAGCAACGGGCACGGCAUGGGCAACUCCUCCAGGAAGGAGGAGGACGAGGAAGAGAAGGAUGGGGAUGGGGAGAAAGUGAAAGUAAUGGAGGAGGAGAAGAGGAGGAGGAAGAAGAAGAAAGAGGAGGAGAUGGAGGACGAUGAGCUUCCCCUAGGGGUGGAGGAGAUGCUGGCGAGCGGAGAUCCCGUUUUGGACCUGAGCUAUAAGAAGUUCCGCAGGUUGCCCGGUGUGGUCUGUGGGCUACGUCACCUGGAGAAGCUGUAUGUGUGUGGUAACAGCCUGCGGACCCUCCCGGAGAACAUCGUCCAACUGAAGGGCCUCCGCAUCCUGGCUCUAGACUUUAACAAGAUGGAGGAUGUCCCGUUGGCCAUCUGUCAGCUCCGUAACCUGACACGUCUCUACCUGGGCUCCAACCGCCUGAUAUCUCUCCCUCCAGAGCUACGCAACCUUCAGAGCCUUCGUUGCCUCUGGAUGGAGAGCAACUACUUCACGUGCUUCCCCCGCCAGCUCUACGACUUACCCCACCUCAGGUCCCUCCAGAUGGGGGACAACAGGCUACGGACACUGCCCCCGGAUCUGUGGCGCAUGGAGGCCCUGCGGGGACUGUGGCUCUACGGAAACCGUUUCACCGAGUUCCCCCGUGUCUUACUCCGCAUGGUGGAUCUGGAGAUCUUAGACUUGGACAAGAACAAGAUCGAGGUGUUCCCUAAUCUGAGCCGGCUCCCCGCCCUCCGCCUCUUCUCCUACGACCACAACCCUGUGGAGGGGCCUCCUGGUGUGGGGGAGGAGGUGCUGCUGGUUGGGGAGGGGGCCCAGGAGGAGCUCCAGGAACGGGCAGACAGGAAGGCUAAGAAGGAGCAGGAUGUGAGGGAUGCGGAAGAGGCUGUGCUGGCCGGGGAUGGGCCUGUGAUCCAAGGCAUUCUAAAGACGGCCAAACAGAACAGUGCAUCGCACGCUGGGCACAAGUACAACGAGGUGGUAACCGUGGCGAUGCCCCUAACCGAGGAAGAGAGGAGGAAGGAGGAGAUGGAGGCGGAGUUAGAGAGGGCGUUGAACGACUACGGGGCGGGGCUUGAGUAUGACCUGGAGGGGAUAGAAUAUGACAAGGAGGAGCUUAUAUGUGAGGGGGAGGGGUAUGAGGUUGGGGAUUUGGAGUACGAACGAGGAGAUAUGGACUAUGAGUAUGAGGAGGGGGAGGAGCUAGAGGAACCAGGAAGACAAGGGGGCCGGCAUUGAUGACUGACUGAUUGACUCCUCCUCCUGCAAAGGCUCUGAGUCCUUCCAUCCUAAGUCUAGACUUGUUUGACCUUGCAGCAGACAUUGCAGACUACUGACUGAUCUACAAGCCACCUUGCAUCAUAAAUAACUACUUAGAAGUAUUUGUAGAUCAGUCAGUCACAAUUUACCAACAAUGCAUCACGGAUUUGAUGCUCUCAGACACAGCCUCUCACCCCUCCCCUUCCUAAACCUAGGACUCGUCCCUUUCCUAAACCUAGGACCCCUCCCUUUCCUAAACCUAGGACCCCUCCCCUGUCUAAGAUUCUGACUACUUGACAGCUUCCUGAUUUGCACUAGGAGGUGAUAUGAGAACUAAGUGGACAAUAUAAGGAAAACACCAGGAUUAAUAGCCUAUGUUAGUUAGUUAAUUAUCCAUUCAAGUGGAUUCAAAUAUUGUUCUUCUGCCUUUCUAGGCUAGACCUUUUUUAUGACAACGCUCCAGCUGUCAUGACAACGCCCAACCAGAGGGUUGUUUAACUUAGUAAAUCCUGUGUGAAAUGAAUUAAUGACUAGCCUCCUGAACCUGUUGCUAUAAUAUGUGACUUUGACAUUCUCUGUCCGUAGUUAGAAGUAGAGCAGGGCUGAGCCACUAAAUAACUAAGACAUUAGAUGUUUUUCAAACUGACCUGAAGACAGAUCCAUGCACUGCACAUUGUGGAGAUGAUGGCAGGCAGCGGCGUCUUUGCCAACUCGGCAAAUUGGCAAGUCAGAGCAGGACUCCGGUGACGCUGUAUGUGUGUGUCAGUGUGUGUGUGUGUGUGUCUGCAUUGAGUAAGUGUGUGUGUGUUUGAGUGGUUGUGUGUGAAUGCGGACACGCAAGUGUGUAUAUAUGGGUGCGUGUGUGAAUGUGUACACGCUUGAGUGUGUGUAUUUAAGUGUGGGGGGGUAAACUUAUUACCUUUGUAAUGUGAUAUAGUUUGUUUUUGUUAAACCCAUUAUGUGUAUAAAGGAAAUCUAAUCUUGCCUCAUUAAAUAAUGAUUGAGUUUA